GGAUCCUCUACAGCUACUUCAGUCCGCAUUAACCGGACUUAUGUCUGGAUCCCAUCUCGACAACACGACGGUCGAUGUGGCGCAAAAUGGUACCGCCCUCCACUCGUCUUUGACAGCUGUGGCGUCGCCACUGAACUUGCCGACCAUCCUGUCUUUCCUGCUCUCCUUCUCUGCUCUGCGCGACUGGCUCAAACUUCUUGUCAUCGGUGGCGCAAUCGAGACUUCUCGUCGUAUGUGUAUGCAGCUGUGGACGUCGUUCAUCGAGUCUUUUUGGAUAACGGCGUGCUUCGAGGAGAUGGAUGUGUCCUAUACUUGGUUGCUGUUUUGGUUGUCCAAACAGCCUACAUGGAAUAAAGCCCGGUUCAUCAACGUCAGCACAAGGACUUUCGGUGUCAGCUCCCCGGUGGUCAUGAUACCCGGAGAUGAAUAUGAGAUAGCUGGCCGCAGGAUCAGCUACUUACCCUCAUUUUCUCGGACGUAUUCUCUUUGGUACAAGGGCCGCUACAUCAACGUGACCAGGUCCGAAGUAAAUGAAGGCGCAUAUCACACGAAGGAGACACUGGAGAUCAGCAUCUUCGCACGGAGCCAUUCUGUGCUGAACGAACUCCUUCUUGAAGCCAAGAAAGCGUAUCUGGCAGCUGAAGAGCACACGAUAUCGAUCUACGUGUCAGAACCAUCCGGUUCAUGGCGUAACGUCGCAUCUCGGCCAAAGAGACCUCUUCGGUCCAUUGUGUUGGAUCCCGGAGUGAAAGAUCUCCUCCUUGAGGACGCUCGUGACUUCCUGCAAAGUAAAGACUGGUACGCCGAGCGCGGAAUUCCAUUCCGUAGAGGGUACCUGCUGUACGGCGCACCGGGGUCGGGAAAGACGUCCAUGAUUCACAGCCUUGCUGGUGAGCUGGGCUUAGACGUCUACGUCGUAUCGCUCGCGCGUAUAGGCUUGGACGACACUGCUCUUGGCGCCCUCAUGUCCGAGCUCCCUGAGCGCUGCAUAGCACUCAUGGAAGACAUCGAUGCUGCGUUUCAUCACGGCCUGACACGAGAAAUGGAGGACGACGACGACGCCCGCUCCGGCGAAGGCGGCGCACACAAUCGGGAACGGGAAAGGGACAGGGCUGCUGUGUCAUCGCCUGUCAGCCGCGUGACACUCAGCGGUCUCCUGAACGCCCUUGAUGGCGUCGGUGCGCAGGAAGGUCGCAUCCUCUAUGCUACCACGAACCGCUACUCGAAACUGGAUUCCGCGCUCUGUCGGCCCGGACGGAUGGACCUCCACGUCGAGUUCAAACUUGCAAGUCAAUACCAGGCCCGGGAGCUAUUCAAAUGCUUCUACAUGCCCGCUCCCGCCGAGGACGCUGACGAGGGCUCGGAAACCAAGGGCAAUGCCGAGGACGACGGAGAUGAAACCGAUUCCGCGUACGGCACAGGCAGCACACCGCCUUCGCCAACGUCCUCUACGAGUAGGUCUGACGCGCUUACGGAGACGCUCGAAGUGCCGAAGAAGCUGUACGUCGGCGACAAACACCGCGCAGAUGGCCCUCGGCCGUCGCGGCGUAAGAUUGUUGCGCUCGCUGACCUUUUCGCCGAUGCCAUACCGGAGCGCGAGUUCUCGAUGGCGAGCCUUCAGGGCUACCUCAUGUCCUACAAGACCCGUCCGGCCGAAGCGGCCGAGGGUGCCGUCGCCUGGGUUGUUCAAGAGAGGCUGGAAAAGGCCAAGAAGGCCAAGAGGCAGUCAUAACGUAGCUGCAUAGGCUGAACGACGGCACAGCCUUCAGCAGUGGUCGACCGGCGAGCAGCUGGCCGGCGGAUCAAUUUUAGAUUUUUUCUGGACUAAAAAUCUCAUGAUACAUUGAAUAUGCUCAUUUAUGUAUUAUUAUACCCAUAAUACUGUGUACAACGUACGAUAGCUCACCUUUAACGAAAAUUUCUCCCAC